GAAUAUGGCUCUGGUUAUGCUUCCAAGUGACCUACCCUGGUGGGAUUCAGUUAAAAGAUUACUAAAAAAAAUUGCAGAAACCAAAAAUUCAUCUGAGCUGAUAGAUAAAAUGCAAAAAAUAUAUGAAAUGUGCAAUGUAAGUUUAGAGCCCGACGAAGAAAGCAUUGAUCCCCACCAGUUUGCAGGCUUUAUGAACUUUUUAGAUAACGAUUUAACAAAUGAAGAAAGAAGUACAUUUUUUUCCAAAACGUUACCCAACUUGGCAACCAGAGCUUUAAAAAUAAAAGAAUGUCGGCCAAAAAACGGUCUACACUUCAGUUUGCAGCAACAAGCUGACAGUACAGAGUUGGACUACACCUUUGUGUCGUCCUUAGUUGCCAACGCAUUUUUUUCUACAUUUCCUAAAAGAACUGACAAAACCCAUCCAACGUUACAAAAUUUUAAUUUUGCUGAUUUUUUUAAAAGUCUCAAUCACACUACCCAAAAAUCCAAAUUAAAAAGUAUACUCUACUAUUUUGAAUGGUUGGCGAAUAACGAGAAUUCUAAUGGCACAAUGAAGAUUUUGCGACAAGUUAUGAGUAGUAAAGAAUGGCUAACAAUAGAAGAUUGGGUGGAAUGUAGCUUACCUCUUUGUUCUUUAAAAAUACGCCAUGAUGGAAAAUUGAAUCGAACGGAAGAAGAUUGCCUCCAAAUAUGCUUCUCAAGUGCCAAAAUAGGAGGCAACGUUUUGGGCAACGGAUUUACUCAGGAAUGUAUAAAUCUAGUGACUGCGCCAGAGUUACUUACAAUACUUUUAAACGUUGAAGCCUUAGAAGACAACGAAGUACUUACAGUAGAAAACGUAAGGCAUAUUUCCAGAAUGGUAGAUCCCAAACAUAGAGCCUUUUUAGAAAAAUUUGACAGCCCCAAAGAGCUGUCCGUAUGCUGUAUAGAUGCAGAAGAUUACACAAAGUUACCUAUUGGACAAUACGAAGAGGACAACAUCUUACGGGAAUUGAAUAAGUGCCUAUUGGGAUUUCAACAAAAACAGUUAGUUAAAAACGAAAAGGAAACACCAUUUCAUCAACGUAGAAGACUCUCCCCAAUUGGAGAAUCUAUGGGUUCUAAUCAAUCAGACUGCCUAAAUAUACCUUUAAUAACUCAGCAAUCUUGUAGUACUACCCACAGCGGCUCAAUUUCUCCUAUACCAGACAAUAAUAACUUAGUAAACGAUAGACUAUGUGUUCAGUUAGAAAUGGAAAAGAAUUUGCAGAAACGAAAUAAAGCCAGUGACUCGGUGGUACAUGGAAGAAGGGGAAGAUUUAUAGUUCUUGGUUCCUCCGGAGAGUGUCUUCCAAUUACAAGAAAACCAUACGAGGAGGAAAGCAGAAGUGAGUACGACAGUUGUGAGUCGUCAGAAGGGGAAUUCCACAGUGCUAAAACGAGUGUGGAUGACGGUGACGAAGAUGAAAACUAUCAUAAACGCUACAGCAUAGACUUAGAAACUCCUGAACGCCGAAAUGUUUUUGCUCAACGAUUACGAGACGCCCUGCGCAAGGAAAUAACAACUAGCACGCCAUCUACCAGUGAAGAAUCCAGUUAUGCCGUCGGAAUUUCAGUUACGGGAUCAAAUUUACAAGAUAGGGAUAUAAGGGUACGGAGAGGAGGAUCCACUGGAUUUGCACUAAAGGAAGAAUCUCUGGAUGAUAACUUUUUAGAAAACUCGUUAAACCAAGAAAAAGAAUGGAUAGAUAAAUUUAGGAAUAAACAAUCUUCUGUGUUAAAUCGAAAAGAAUCUAACAAAUCAUCUGAAUAUAGUUUUAGUACUGAAUACAGUUCCGAAUUAGAAGAAGUGUACGAACAAUUUUCAAGAUGGUUGGAAAGUCCAAUGUUAGAAACUGAAAAAGGUACAAAGAGGGAGCUGGAUGCAAGAGAAUUAGCAGUUGUUAGAUUUGCAGGGUCAAUUUUAAAACGCACUUUAAGCGAAUCCUUCGUUGGUGUUCCGGUACCGAUGACGGAGAAUUGUGAUAUACAUUCAUGUUCAAAUGAUGAAUAUUCAACAAGAAAAAACAAAUUAGUUCUUAAUGCCAAAUCGUUAAGUUUAGAAUUAGCGAGACAGAAACACCGACUCGCCGCUCAACUCACCGAUGACAAAUGCUGCGAUACCCAAAGUAGGCCUGUAACAUUAACACACUGUGAUAAUGAAGACUCAGCUUGUAGUUUAACAAAGUCUAGAAAUUGGUUUAUUACUUGUGUUACUGAAGCGAUUGUGCAGAAUUUAGAAGAUGUUUCAGUUAGUAUCCGUUUACAGCAAACUGACGAUGAGCUGUCACAAAUAUCCGAGAAACCAAAAAACGGCCUAAAACCCAUAUCCACAGGCAACUGGGGCUGCGGAUCUUCCCACAAAGGUGACGUCCAGUUAAAAGUCAUCAUACAGUGGAUGGCUGCUAGCGUAGCAGGUGUACCGGCACUGAUCUACUGCACUUACGGCCAUCAACAGCUAGCCAAACUAGAUACAGUCUGCAGAAUACUGAUUGACAGAAAAUGGACGGUAAGAGACUUGGCAGAGGCGGCUCUUAGAUAUUCGAAUAGGGUUAUACAAGGCAAGGAACUCAGUGGGACAUUGUUUGAGGAGCUGAUUGGCAUGGAGAGAACAGUGUAGGGUUAAACUGUUAUUUGUUACAAUAAAAAUAUACUUGCGAGAAGUUCUGAGGUACAGGGAAAAAUGAAUUAACAAAUAAAUUUAGAAAACAAUAAGAAAUUGAUAUUUUUUCAAUCAGUUAUGGGAACAGUAGAACAAAGUAUGAAAAUAAAUAUUUUAUUAAUGUUUGUAUUUAAAUCGAAAACGUAAUUAACAUAAAUAUAUGUUACAUUUUGACGUCUUCAGCCGAAAUUAUCUAAAUGUGCAUAAAUAACCUUAUUUUCUCAAUUUCAUAGUAUUAUUCUCUUACAGGAUUGCAAAAAGGACGAUGUUAAAACAUUUUUUUUACAAUAUUAGAUCAUUGUUACUUUUUGGAUCAAGAAAAAUCAAAUCUAAAUACGAGAGUCUACAGUUACGUGUUAUGAAAUGGACAAAUGCAUUUAAGGAUUUGGUUUUAAGAAUUUUAUUAAAACUUUCAAUUGAGUGCUACAUAGAUUCCACAAAGUAUCAAGAAAGAACCCCAUUCGAUUUUUAAAUCACGAGAUUUUUCUCCUCUCAUAUUAUUACGACGUUUCAGGCGUUGUACUGUUGUUUUCGGAAUUCGGAUUCCCCUUCCCAUGUCAUUUACCCACUUAUAUUUUUUCUAUCCAGAGAUCACCAAAGUAUAUUUAUACAGGGUGGUCUUUUAGUAAUUGUACAAAAAGAAACAGUAGAUUCUACACUAUAAAAUAUUACGAUUUGAGCCAACUUGCUUUAAUAAAAUGUUAUUAAGAAAGAUACAGGGUGUUAAAGUGAAAAUUAAAAAUUUUAUUUGUCGCUAUAACUUUCAUGUUUGUGAACAUUUAUGUAUAAAAAUAUUCAACUUAAAGCUUUUGAGUAUGAGGAAUUAUAAUUUGAUGCAUACUUUGAUGUAGCUGAUUAAGGACGCUAUUCGCUCCGUGCGUAACCGUGGUAGGGGUACCUUGAAACGAUGCUCUUUUUAAGCAAAAAUUUUAUCAAAAAUGGGUGCGAAUAGGUGUUGCGUAUUUAAUUCUAUAAUAAUAGCAAAAGUAGUGAGUGUAGUUUAUAUAGGUUUCCAAAGAUUACAUAUAAAUUAGAGAAAAGAAAAAUAUGGAUUAAUGCUAUUAAUAUGAAAAAGUGAUAUCACAUAAUCUCAUUUUUGCAACUGAAAUAGAAAAAAUUUAAAUAAUACAAUACAAUAAAUAACCUAUAAAAGAUAUUUCAUCUGGCUUCAAGCUAACUGCAGCCUGCCUAAUGACUUUAGCUUUUAUAUGAUAACUUUUACUAUUAUUGCGAUUUGCCAGCACUAGAUUUUUCCCCUUCUUUUUCGUUUGGGAUGGAAAAGAUAAACUAUGAUGAAUUUUUAGAAACACAGUUCUCAAUACUACAUCCAUUUUGUUCAUAAACUGGAAAAAUAUAUUUAAAAAACUAAUUAAAAAUAAUUGUCAAUUUCUUAUGUAUAUAUUUAUCAUAUAUAACAUAUGUUUAACCUCAAAUUUGGAGGUCCAAAACUGUCAGAUGAAGGCGGUAGGUGUCGCGUCAGUCACGCACGGGGCGAAUAUAUGUCACAUUUACGGCAUAUGUUUGUGUACAGUAAGUUGUCACGUUUAGGAUAAAAUGAACCACUAUCGCCUAAAUUCCGAAAUAGAUGUUUAAAGGAUUGGUGAUUAGGUUGCAGUCUGUUUGGAUAUAUUUUUAAAUAAUUUCUUUUUGCUGCACGCCAGUUGUGUUGCUAAUAAUAAAUAGCAAUCAUAUCUCUCAUAUCUGUAUUAGAAAAAUUAUUAUGCCUCGGCGUGUUCUGCUUUUCUUAAGUAAACCAAAAUAAACUGGAUAUUACAAAGAUCGUUGAAUAAUCGAAACACGACUUAUUUUUAGUUGUCAUAAGCAGUCGUGACAUCAGCCUACUAUGUUAAAAUUUUCCGUAAUGUAUAGCACUUUUAAGGGUUUUUAAAUAUACCCAUUUACAAAUAUCUAACCUCUUUUUUGUGAUACGUGGUAUACAGCCAGCUGCAGGAAUUAUUUUCCUUGUGGAUUUUAUUAAGUAUACCUUUUUUUAUUUAAACACUGUAUCUUUAAUAUUUUUUAACACAAAUAGCGCCAAGUCAAAGAGCAAAAAAGUAAGGAGCAAAUUUGCAUAGCAUAUGUGACGCCCCCUAUCAGCAUCAAAUUAUAAUUUAGCUGUAAAUUUUAUACAUAAAUGUUCACAAACAUGAAAGUUAUAGCGACAUAUUUUAAAUUUCCACUUUAACACCCUAUAUAUUUCUUAAUACCACCAUUUCAACAAAGCAAGUUGGCUUAAAUUGUAAUAUUUUAGGUGUAGAAUCUACUGUUUCAUUUUGUACAAUUACUUAACUGAAUUAUCAUUCACAACAUCGAGCAUAUCGACUAUACAGAUAUAUUUGCUGUAAACAUUAAAGAGCUGAAAGUUUCUAUUAGGUAUAUAUCAUUCAUAAAAUAAGUAAGCUGUAAUUAUCUCUGUAC